GCUGCAACUGUUAUCUUUUGUCUUAAAGGUGUCUUCGGUCUCGUCUCGACUCGAGUGUAAUAUUUACCGGUCAUAAAAAUAGUAUAAAUUUUACAUUUUAAUAAAUAAACAAUAAUAUUUCAAUAGGGAUAAUAUAUGCGAUUGGUCAGAUAUUCGUAUAUUUUGAUCCCGGCUAUUGAACGACGAGAUGUUAAAAUAAUUAUUAUAACCUAAGAGUGUAAUAAAUAAAUACCUAUAGUUGAACAUUUUUAAUAAUAUAAUAUUUAUUAAUAGUCAUGUCCGAAAAACCGACGGUCUUAUUGUUCAACAGAAAUUCCGCUGGCGAAGUCGACGAUUCCGAGCUCAUAGAUGACUACAAUAGACAGUAUGAAAAAGUGAAAAAAAAAGCCAAAGCCAAACUACAGCCGAUCGAUUCUUUUUCCGAAUUAAGUCUCAACGAUAAGGACGACAAACCAAAGAAAGGAAAAUUAAAGAAAAAAAGUGAUUUGAAGUACCAAAACGUUCAAGCCAAUGACAAACACCAUCAUUAUGAGAACAAUGAGACCUUCAUUCCGCCUCCGCCGCCGCCACCAGAUUUCUUAGAUAACUUACCGAAAAACGAAAGAGAAGCGUUAACUGCAAUGUUGAUGUCAUACUAUAUGACCGGAUUCCAUACUGGAUAUUAUCUGGGAUUGAAGAAAAAUAGUAAACAAGACUAAAGGAUUAGUCUCGAAAAGAACUCCCAUCAUAAUUAUAAAUGUGCAAUUGUACAUAUUGUGUUGUAUACAUUUUUACCAUUAUACUAAUAAUAAUAAUAAUAUAAACAUUACGUAAGUAAAUAUAAGA